AUGGAGCAAAAACCUUGGACCGCCUCCACUACUUCCCACCUCUCGAGUAGCAACAACAGCGUCUGGACAACCUCUCAAGCUUCUGGGCGAACUUUAAAGUACAGUCACACUUGGAGAAAUCACCAGAACCGUCAAGAUUCACCGACGUUUUCCGUCAAGGCCUUGGACAUUGUAAAAAAAAACGAGGUAUGGUUGUUCCUGAAGCCAGGAGCUGUACCAUUCUGCAAACCGAAACGACCGGUUCCAUUCACAUCCGUUGCAAAGGCGGACGGUGAGCUGGACCGCCUACAAGAACUAGGGAUUAUCACUCCGGUUGACUUUUCGCAGUUGGCUGCACCAAUCGUGAUAAUUAAGAAACCAAGAGGAAAGAUUCGAAUCUGUACUGAUUAUUCAACUGGUUUGAAUGCUGCCCUGGAAUCCAACAAUUGUCCGCUACCAGUUCCAGAUGAUAUUUUCAGCAAACUCAACGGCUGUGAAUACUUCAGCAUCAUCGAUCCCAGCGAUGCCUAUCUUCAAGUAGAAGUAGACGACGACUCGAUGAAUUUACUAACCAACAACACAUAUCGCGGUCUCUUCCGAUUCAACCGGCUUGCUUCUUUCUUUCAUCUUCAAUGGCACUAA